GCAUUUACCGUCGGUUAGUCUUCCUCCACUUUUGAAGUCUCCGCGUUUUCUUAGCUCUGAAGCUGUUCUUCUCUCUCCUACCUCUGCUUUGCCUCACAGUGGAUUCGUGGAAUUCCUUCCAUACUCAAAUAUUUACAGAACUUAAGAAAAUAUCUUUAGCACUAGCAUGGGCUCGAUCAAUUUUGUCAUUAUCUUUUGUCAAUUCUUCAAUGUCCUUGCUUGGCCAUCAAUUCCUCUGAUGUUUCCCCUGUAUGCUUCGAUUCGAGCAAUAAAAUGUGAUCAAGAAUCAGUCUAUCAGCAAUGCCUCAAAUAUUGGGUAUUGUUUUCCAUGGCCACAAUCUUUGAAUGCGCACUUUCAAAGCUUCUUGUAUGGCUCUAUGUUUGGCCCUAUAUAAAAGGAGUAGCCACCGUCUUGCUCAUAGUUCCUUCAUUUGCUGGUGCUUCUUAUGUCUACACACGCUUUGUUCAUAUAGCUGAGGAUUCAUGUUUCCGGGAUAUGCUGCUCAUUCCAGAAUCAAUCACAAUUGAGCAGAAUGAAUUUUCUGAUCAAGCAAGUAGUCAUAUAAGUGAGAAUGGAGAAGAAGAAUCAGAAAACUGUGUGUCUUAUGAGCUAUCUGGAAUGGCAGCAAAAUUAAGAAACGAACCUGGGACGGUAAGUAAUGAGGUUGGGACAAUAGAUACCGACCAUACAAUGAUAGGUGUUUUGUUGCAACCGGGAUGUCUGAAGAAAGUCCAGAGGGAGUGGAGCUGUCCCCUUUGUCUGAUAAUCACUACCAGCGCGAAAGAUUUGAGGAUGCACAUUCGAGGAAAGAAGCACAAGUUGAAGAAAAUGGAAGAUAAACAGAAAAAUGCUGCCGCCACUAAAGAAACAACUAUUUCUUUAACUAAGAAGAAAGCCAAUUUCCUCACACGCUUCAAUUUUCAUAAUAUGAGUGGUUUUGCAGCCCUAGUUAAACGAUCAAACAGAUGGUCAGUGUGGAUAAAACCCGACUUUGGAUGGACCAAGUUGAAUACAGAUGGAUCUAUUGACAAAGAAAAUGCUGGUUUUGGUGGUUUGUUCCGUGACUAUCGGGGUAAUGCUGUAUGUGCAUAUGUCUCGAAAUAUCCAGGAGAUGAUAUUUUCUUGGCUGAACUACGGGCUAUCUGGAGAGGCCUUAUAGUUGCAUUAGGUCUGGGAAUCAAGGUAAUAUGGGUUGAAUCUGAUUCCAUGAGUGUUGUCAAAACUAUCAACAAGGAACAGCCAUAUGGUCCAAAGGCUAGUAGCUGCUUGAAGCACACUUGGAAACUUUUGAAGAAGUUUGACAAAAGUCGCGUUUCUCAUUCCUGGCGUGAAACAAAUAGAGCUGCUGAUUAUCUAGCUAAGAUGGAUCUUUCAGGAAGUGAUGUUGUUCUAUGGCCAGGUGAUUUUCCCUGUGGACUUUCGAGAAUUAUCGAGGAAGAUGCUCUAGGGACGAAGUACUACAGAAGAUAACUCCAAAAACUAACCCUUACCUUGAUAACUGUGUACAUGAAAAGUUAAUUAGCUCACAUCACUAUGAAUGAGAUACGAGCCAGGAAUCAACUUAUUCAAAUGUGCAUGAGGGGCCUUAUUCGAACUGGCUGAGUACCACAAUCACAUGAAUGUGUUUUUAGAGUUUCCUUUUUUCAGCAGCCUCUUGCCUUGUUGGUUAGAUUGUCCCUCCGGUUUCUAAUUUGUUGACCUACUUUGAAAACUUGUAGUUGUAUCCACAAUCUGGCAGAAAGGCAUAUUUUAUGAAUUGUGUUAGCGUGUAAUUAAACUACCGAGUCUUAAACACCUUUUCGUUUAAGAUAGUUUAAAUUCUUGUGAAAUCUGAAUCCAAACACUUGUCGAAUUUAUUUAAGCAAAAAACAGUUUGAUUUCUUCCA